AUGAAGUUGGCGAUUCCUCUGGUCUUCCUCGGGGCUGUCUCGGCGGUGAACGCCCUGAGUGAGUGUAUACUUAACUGCCAGGCCGAGGCUGCAGCCAGUGACUGCAGUACAAGUAACUACAACCAAACCAGCUGCUACUGCAACAACGGAAACUUUGCCAUUGAUGUGCAAUCCUGCCUGGAAAAGAGCUGCUCGGAUGAUGUCGGAGAUUUCCACACCUAUCGUGGCUCACAAUGUGGAGGUUCUACUGCCACUACCACCGCAACCGCUGCUACUUCGACCUCGACCAUCACGUUAUCCAGCUGCAUCCUGGACUGCCAGUCCACCGCUGCUGAUACAGUCGGCGGUGUUUGUUCUUCCAGCUCCUACAACGACACAGCCUGCUACUGUGACUCCGACACCUUCGCCACCAAAACCCAAGACUGCAUUUUCUCAGACUGUGCCUCCGAUGCCGGAACUUUCCACCAGUGGCGUGGAUCCAUCUGCUCCUCUUCAUCCUCAUCCUCCUCAUCCUCAUCCUCCACCACAACAACAUCCACCAGCACAUCAACUAGCACCUCCUCCUCCGGUAGCUCCAACCUCAGUAAAGGCGCCAUCGCAGGCAUUAGCAUCGGGUCCGCAGUAGCCGGUCUCGCCAUCAUCGCCGUACUUGUAUUUACUAUUCUCCGUCGUCGGUGGAAAGCCGCGCAUACUUACAAGGGCAAUAGUGAUCUUCAUCAUUAUCCGUUGAAUAAGUUGGGUUCGAUGUCGCGUGAUGCGUGAGCAUAGGAUUUUAGUGGGAUGUGUGUAGUGUGUACUGGUUGGGAUAGGAUGAGUUGGAAGUAUAGGGUUGUUGGAUG